AUGUAUCUGGAUAGUUACGUAGCACGAAGAUUCAGGGUAUUCCAGGAGGUAUGGAUUUUGCCGUGGUGGGGGAAUGGUUGGGUGACCGCUAUACCACUGUGGAUGCUAGAUUCAAUGGUAUUGAUGGUCAAACUGUUUUCCACCUGUGUGGUGGCAGCGAUAAGGGUACUUAUACCACCAACUAUGAAGAGCUUGAACGGAGAAACAAUACUGAUAACCGGUGCCGGCCAAGGCUUGGGUCGAGAGCUGGCCUUGCAGUUAGCGGAGCUUGGUGCGACAGUGAUCUGCUGGGACAAAGACGCAAGAAGAAACAAAGCUGUUGUGGAUGAGAUUCGAAAAAAGGAUGGAGAUUCUUACGGGUUCACGGUGGACGUAACAGUUCGCGACCAAGUCUCUUCUCUCGCGACCUGCAUAAGCCGACAAAUAGCCGAUGUGUCGAUGGUUAUUAAUAACGCCGGUGCCUUGAAUUGUGCGCCACUAACACACCUCAAAUCAGAAAGCAUCGCUAAACUCAUUGAAAUCAACUUGCUGGCGCAUUUUUGGGUUCUGGAAGCAUUUCUCCCGAGUAUGAUUAAACGACGACAGGGACAUAUAGUAGCUAUAAACUCCAGCGCAGGACUAAUGCCGUGCUCGGACAUGGUGCCUUAUUGCGCCGCUAAAUUUGGAUUAAGAGGUCUAAUGGACGCAUUAUCAGAAGAAUUGCGCUUAGACACUUGGACAAAAAACAUACACACAACAUCUGUGUACCUGGCGACAUGCUCAACAGGAAUGUACCCACCACCAUCCCACAGAUUUACUUGGUGGUACUCUGAAAUCACUGCUAAGGAAGCAGCUAAGGUCAUCGUUGAAGCUUCAUUAAACUUAUUAAACUUGGCACUAUGUUGUGAAGAAUGGCGUAACAAGGUCAGUUUAGAGGAGAAGCAUUUACCACAGGAUUCGCAGAGGUGCUUAGAAUCUUUCUCUACUGUAUGUUUUUGA